AUGCAAAAACAUGAUGACCACGAUAAUGUUGUUCUCUCUUUAAUUGAUUUCAAACCACAUUGCAAUACAAUCAGUGAUGAUAAUAAUACUGAUGAAGAAUCAUCAUUAAUUUUGAAUCGGAGGCUUGGUGAAAAAUUAAAGUAUGCUUGUAAGAAAUUUUCAUUAAAUUACGAGCAAGUUGAUAAACUUUCCAUAGGAAGUUGUGACCAUAUCUACUUUUCUCAAAUAUGCAAAGAAUAUAAUGUGUUGGUGGUGGGAAAUGAUAAAUCAUUGCUCUUUUUUGAUUUGGAAACUAGGAAACAAGUGUUUGAGUGUCGAUUUGCAACAACAAUUCGAUAUUUUACAAUUAAUAGAUAUGAUCUAUUCUUAUCUUGUCAAGAUUACAAACUGAGAAGAUACAAUUUAGAGAAGAUAAUGAACAAAGAACAGCUAUCAGACUGUUUGAUUUGGGAGAGCCCAAAGCUCAAGAAUAUUUGGGGAUUUGCAAUUCAGAAUCAAUUGAUUUAUGUUUGUGAUUUUUCUAUUAAUGGAGAGCAUUUGAAAUGUUUCGAUUAUAGUACAGGAGCUCUGAUUGAUUUGAAAAAUACACCAAAAUUGACCAAAAUAACUCACAUUACAUUUUCCCAAUAUAAUGAAAUGUUCGUUUGUGGAUACAACUUUCUGGCAAAGCUUGUGUUAAAGGAUGACAAUCAGUGGGUAUUGAAGAAAAAAGUUACAAAUUUCAAAUCUAGUAGAGGACUGUAUUCAAUAUACUAUGAAAAAUCAAGUGAGAGAAUUUUUGUAACAGAUCACUCGUUUGAAAUAAUAGUAUUCGAUAGAAAUUUAAAUCAGAUCCAUACUUUCAAGGAUAGACAUUCAAAUGAUAAGGCAUUUGCUUAUGGAAUUAAUAUUGAUGAGGAAACAGGUUAUAGUUACUUGUCUAGAUAUAGUGAUUUGAUUGUUUACAAGUAG